GCUCUGGCCUGGGGCUGAAAUUCAACGUUUUCUCUAACCCGGCCUCUGUUCAACAGGUGAAGCAGAUCAUGGAGGAGGCAGUGACGAGGAAGUUUGUGCAUGAGGACAGCAGCCACAUCAUCUCCUUCUGUGCUGCGGUGGAGGCCUGUGUCUUGUACGGCUUGAAGCGGAGGGCGGCAGGAUUCCUGCGCAGCAACAAGAUCGCGGCGCUGUUUAUGAAGGUGGGAAAGAGCUUUCCUCUGGCAGAGGAGCUUUGCAAGAAGGUGCAAGACCUGGAGCAGCUCAUCGAGAACGCGUAAGGCACCGGCGCUGCUCUUACCCCGCAGGUCGCUCGUGUUUUGGCGUGGCUGUGGAGUUCGGGGGUGGCUGUGGGUUGUGGUGUCCAGCGUGAGCCUCUACAGGAGGAAUUUCUCUCUCGGGGGAGCAGAGUCCCGUCCUGCACUUCUGAUAUCUUGACUGAACGGGUUGCUUUUCUAGGAGACUUGAGGGGUGCGGUUGUGGUUUAAGCUGGGAUGGACGAGUUCUUACUCCCCCUGCCCCUUGUCUCACGCCUGUUUGCUCCUGAACUGGCACAGUUUAUGGACUGGCGCGCUAAGCCAACUGGAACCAAAUUUGGUCUGCCUCAAUGUACAGGGCUUGAACCUGCACUAAUUCAACUUCUGUUUGAGAGUGGCUUACUCGUCCGUGGUCAGGAAGCAGGGAGAUGGAUGGAGCAGCUCCCUGGGGGCAGGAAUCGUUAUGCUGUCCUAGGAUAAGCUGCUUUGCUUGUGAGCUCUGUCCUCAGGCACUGGUGGAGAAGGUGUGUGGGUUGGAGGACUCUGCUGAGGCAGAAGCUUGUUCUAGGCUGCCUUUUACAGUGGGAAACUGGUUUAGUGAAGUCACUUUUCAGCUGCAGAUGUGGGCCUUCUGGAGCAGGGCGUGCAAUAGAU